AUGGCAAAGUUUGAUUAUGGAGAGAGAACGGGACAAAAAUAUGACGCAGUUCAAGUUGCCUUGGACAUGAGGUGUGCGCAAAAUGAAUGUGGCGAAAUGCUAUUCUGCAAAGACGAUUGGUUGAAUAAAAAUCAGAUAUCUAGAUUUUUCUCCAGAGUUGAAAAAAAAAAAGCGAAAUGGAAAGUUAUCUUCAGGUGACAACUCUUUGACGGCAGAUUCUCAAGAAGAGGAAAUGGAUGGAGAAGAUAAUGGUGAGGAAGGAGAGGAAAGGAGAAAUCUAAGAAGCCAUAUCAUUAGAGAAAUUAAUGUGACUCGUCCUAUAUUCUAUGAUUCGUACGACUUGUGUGCACUACAUCGUGGAAAGAAACUUUCAGUUUUCAAGGUGAUUAUGCCGAAGGAAAUUUGCCAUCACUUCGAGUUUAAAAUUACGACAAGAGACAGGAAAGACAAUCUUCUCGCUACAAUUCGGAAAAUGAUACAAAAUUGCACUUGUUCCGCAGAAUAACUCUACUCUAAGAAUGAAUAACUUAUUAACAAUUAUUUGUCACUAAUAUUAUUGAACUGAACGCUUCAGAUUGGAUUAGUGAACACCAAUGUGAAUGUUUUGAUAAUAUACCAGCUGUUUUGUUAUAAAAACCAACUGUACGUGGCUUUCACAUUAUAAGAAUGUAUUUUAACUUUAAAAAAUGUAGAAGGGGUCUUAUUUGGGGAAAAUCAGAAUCACAUCUAUAUGCUGCCCACCAUCGAUCUCUACCCUGGCAUAAUGGCAUUUAUUCCAAUAAUUUGUUCUUUAAUUUAUUAUGUUGUUUUAGGCCUGCGUGACUUCGUAUGCCAGUAAAACUUCCGCUUUUCAAUGUAAACAAAGAAGUUAAAAAUAGUCUAACUUAAUACAAGUCGCUUGUCACGAUUUUCAUUUGAUAUAUCUUUAACAAGAAUAUAUAUUGUAGAAUAUAUAUCAUAAGAGCGACAAGACGAGGAUAGGUGUCACUUGAGAGAAGCGUUUGUUUAAAUAUUUCGAGUUUUAGCCGAAUGGCUGGCUUAUUAAUUAAAGAUGCUUCUCUGAGGUUUAUGUAAUAUGGAUAUGAUUCUAGUAUAGGUGGGAUAGUAGUUACUUGCAAACAAAAUCUAAUGAAAAUCUGUUUCUUGAUUCGCACUAUGUAAUGAAAGAGUAAAAAUAAAUUAUCUGUUAUCUGUAAGAACGCUUGGUCGGUCAGUUGGAGCAUGCAGUUCAAACUUGCAUAUUAACAGAGGUUUAUCUUGUUUGUUUUGUUUAAUUAAUAUGUUGAAUGUUCGUGGAUCAGGAGCAUCCACAAAAACUUAAAUUACUUCUAACAAAGAGGAGAACAUUUAUUGUGAGUGUCUGACUAUGAAUCACAAGUUUGCCAGCUGUAAUGACUACUUGAAACCGCCUUGUUUCAAACAUCAAAGAGAUUUCCACACAUUGACAGGUAAACAAACAAUCUACAAAUUGCUUGUAUUUCAGCAUUUUGUUGUCAUUCAAUUUUCUUUUGCAUACAAGUUUUAUUGUGGAUUAUUUAGCUUCAAUGAUUGCUUUUUCACAAUCAAUGUAUCCCAAAGCUCAGAUAGGUGCCACUUUCAAGAAUUUUUAGAUUUAAAUCACGCACUAGAUGGUGAAGAAUUUAGUGACAAAAAACUACAUCUGCUAAAUAUAAAAAAAUAUAUACUUAAUAAUUAACAAUUAGACAACGAGGCCAAGUUGUCUAUGAGCGAAUAGUCAACGAGGCGAAGCCGAGUUGACUAUUUGCUCAUAGACAACAAGGCCGAGUUGUCUAAUUGUUUUAGUAUAAACUUUAACAUUAAUUUACAACUAGGCUGCAAACACAAUACAAAAAUACACAAAAAACAUUAUAAAACUAUUAAAGGUAAACAAAUAUUUUAGUUUUUGUUCGCGUAAAAUGUUUUACAAAAUUCAGUUUUCAUUUUAAAAUUUCAUUGAGUGUAUGUUAUUUUGUCCAUUCCAUAUUUUUGUUGCUUUUUUCGGGGGUUUUUUGUACAGAAUUGUUCAACAAGUCAUCCAAAAAAUCAUCAGACACUUCGGCAAAAGUGUAAAACGCGAAUUUUCCGCCAUUUUGAAUUUUCUAUUAGUAGGCUAUCACUAAUAGCCUACUAGUAGCCUAGCCAAUCAGAAGGCACGAUAUGUGAUAGCCUACUAGUAGGUUUAUACUAAUAUUGUAUAGCCCUAAGUUGAUAUGGAAUGUUUAAUAAAGAAUAGUUCUUGUUGGCAUUUCUGAAAAAAUGUUAAAUUUCAUGCAAAACUUCCCGAGAUAUGACGAGAGAAUUACCCGGGAUUUAUGGGUGCCGUUUCGUGCCGAAUUUCACUAAUGGCCGCCACACAUGUUAAAAUGAGCUAAAACUCGAAAAUUAAAUAAAAUUUGAAAAUUCUAAAACUGGCUAAAAUCUUACUAAAGCAAACACAGUUCAUGGACAAAAUACAAGACGAAAUAAUUUUUGGCAUUAAAGCGUGUUGGUCGGUUCUUAGAGAGACAGCCUCUUAACAGCUAUAAUAAUCAUAUUAUAUGGAUGGAUCAUAUCAAUGGCACACAAUGUUCAAACCUAAACUUGUGAUACCUUUACUCAAACCGAUAUUCUCCCACAAACAAAAAUUGUUUUUGUGUGGGUAUGUUGUGUUAAAGUGAACAGUGACAUGUGGUAUAUCAUUAACUGUGCACACGAUUGGAAUUGAAUUAAUAUAUACUUCACUCAUGACCUUCAAAACAUUCUCCACUAUUCAGUGGUCUUCAAUAUAUGAUUGACUCUUUGUUACAGUAAUGCAUGUUCCUCGAAUAGUUUGUGUAUGUUACUCAACAGUUAACAUUGGCAAGUGUAAACAACAGGUGACCGAAUUUUUGCUUCAUCUGAUUACAAAAAGUUUUGAAAAUUCAUGGUUUGACAAGUGACGGUUUACUAAAUAGCCAGCUGUUGGCUGUAUAGACACUUCAAAUAUUGUUUGCAUGAAAUUUUUAUUUCUUGACUGCAUAAUUAUCGUUACAAUCAUAAUUGGUGGGGGGAGGGGCAGUUGUCUUUGCUGCCCUCUGCUAAGUCUUAUUUGCUAUUAUAUUUAAUAUAAUAAGUUAUGAAAUAUUUCAAUUGUCCCAUGUCAUCUUCAUUAUUCAGUUCCUUUCAAGAAAAUACAAAAUGUGAAUCAUGUUUUUUCGCAGAUACAUGUAGGCUUGCUUACCUAUUUUCUGAUUUACAUUCAAAUGAAAGGAUAUUGUGAAUAACACAGUGGUAUUGUACCAAGUUGUUAACAAAGAGAAAAAGGCAUGGUGAUGUUUAUUUACUGAUAUUUAUUUGCUUACAAAUACAUACUUUAACUUUUCACAAUUAAUAAAUACCAAAAAAAUAUAAAUAGGACUUUCUGAUAAUCAUUUUGCAUUUUACAGAGGUUGCUUGAAGCAGAAUUUGAAGAUUCACCAACAGGCCUAUGCAUACAGGAAUUGAUGAGCUGUUGUGGCGAAUAUGAAGCAAGUCGUUUCUCUUAUUGGAGAAGCGAGGAACGAAAAUGGGUAUUUAUGAAAUAUUACUUUCUGUAUAUUCUCUUAUAAUAUAGUUAUGUAUAUUAACCCUUCAAGUGGCCAUGUGCCCAACUUGAUUAUUUUACUCUGUCUAACACCAGACAAUUUUACCUGUCAACUAGGGGGGAGUGCUGCUACUAAAUGGGUUAAUGUACAAUAUUUAUGUUAAUACCAUAUAGUUAUUUUUUUCUUUUCAGGUAGAACUUAAUGGCUAUGAACAAUUGCUUGAGGUUUCAUUGAGUAUGCUGACCAAUAAAGUUCUGCAGCUCCUCGGCCAGAAAUACAAUGUUCAGUCAAAGUCUGCUGUAAAAAGGAAGUUAUUUUAA